CUCAUUCAGACUAUGUUUCUGUUUGGUUUUAAUCAAAAGAAAAGGUUGUAGAGGCGUAUUAAGCUUUAUCUUUCCAGAUGCCACUCAUAUGCAUGGCAAAGGAGGGCAGAUGAAGAAGCGUUGCGGUCUGUUUUUGUUUUUUUUUUAAUACCUAUUUCUUGUCCCUUUUAUCUUGCUAAAGGCAGAACGUGCUACAAAGUGGAGGAAUUAUUUUACCUGUAAAAGAAAGAAGCUCUCCGAGGGCUUGAAAAGUUUCCUUCGUGGAAGGAUGAUGUUUUAAAAAGGACGCUGCUCUAAAAAGGAUGUCUUUGUCGCCUAUCUAAGCUGCUAAGGAGGAUAUAAACCUAACAGUCUUUUAGAGCAAACUAACAGAAGAAGAGUCAAGACAGCAAAGGAAGGACUUUUUGCUUGGGAAGAUCUGAUUUCAGUCACAAGAUUGGUGACAGGGCAGAAUCACAGUUAUCUCCAGGGGUUCUGCAUAGGUCUUGGUGUGCAACGGCCAUGGAUAUGAAAGACCGCAGGCACCGCUCCUUGACCAGGGGUCACUGUGGCAAGGAGUUCCACUACACCAGCUCCUCUCUGGAUAGCGAAGACUGCCGAGUCCCCACCCAAAAGUCCUACAGCUCCAGUGAGACUCUCAAAGCAUAUGACCAUGACUCAAGGCUGCAUUACGGGAGCCGUGUUGCCGACCUUGUACACCGCGAGUCUGAUGAAUACUCCAGACAAGGGAGUUUUACUCUGGCUGAACUGGGAAUAUGCGAGCCCACCCCUCACCAGAGCGGCUACUGUUCAGACAUCGGACUGCUGCAUCGCGGCUAUUCGUUGAGCGUGGGCUCCGAUGCCGAUUCAGACACCGAGGGGGCCAUGUCUCCAGAGCACGCCAUCCGUCUGUGGGGCAGGGGGAUUAAAUCCCGUCGUAGCUCCGGACUUUCCAGUCGGGAGAACUCGGCCCUGACCUUGACCGACUCUGAAAAUGAGAACAAGUCCGACGACGAAUCAGCUUACCUUGAUGAAGAGCCAUGCUCAGACAUCCCAUUCAGUCGCCCCAUUCCACCCACUCCUGCAUCAAGCCUCCUCCCUCCUGCCCCUGCUCCUCCCACUGGCUCCCAUCACCCUUCACCUGGUGGCGUUAGAGAUUGUCAGAUGCCGUUGCUAGAAAGCAACGCUUCCCACCCCAUCCUGGAGUCCAACCCUGAUGACGAGUACUCCCCUAACACAUACCUGCUGAGAACGUGUGCUGGCCAGCCACAGCCCCCCAAUCCUGCCCUUGCCUUUAUUCGGAAGACAACUCAAUGUCCUCCUAACCAUCACAGCCAGUCAACACUAAGACCCCCACUGCCUCCACCACACAACCACCAGACGCUGUCUCAUCAUCACUCCUCUGCCAACUCACUGAACCGAAACUCGCUGACCAACCGACGGAACCAGAUCCAUGCUCCAGCAUCUGCUCCUAAUGAUGUGCCCACCACCCCAGAGUCUGUGCAGCUGCAGGACAGCUGGGUGCUCAACAGCAAUGUGCCCCUGGAGACCAGGCAUUUUCUCUUCAAGACCUCUUCAGGGACCACUCCCCUCUUCAGCAGCUCAUCUCCGGGCUACCCAUUGACAUCCGGUACCGUCUACUCCCCACCACCACGGCUCCUUCCCCGAAACACCUUUUCUCGCAGCGCAUUCAAGCUGAAGAAGCCCUCUAAAUACUGCAGCUGGAAAUGCGCCGCUGUGUCAGCCAUUGCUGCUGCUGUUGUCCUGGCUAUACUGCUUUCCUACUUCAUAGCCAUGAACCUGCUAGGACUGAACUGGCAGCUGCAGCCGGCUGAUGGUCAUGUGAUCAACAACGGAUUGAGCACAGGGUUACCAGGCAACAGUGAUGUAGCAACAGUGCCAUCUGGAGGCAGAGGUCCCUGGACUGUUCGCAACAGCAGUAUUGACACAGGCAAUCUGGAAGUGGGGCGUCGAGUGACCCAGGAAGUUCCUCCAGGAGUCUUUUGGAGGUCAUUGCUGCACCUGGACCAACCUCAGUUCCUUAAAUUCAACAUCUCCCUGGGAAAAGACGCUCUUUUUGGAGUCUACAUCCGCAAAGGAUUGCCACCCUCUCAUGCCCAGUAUGACUAUAUGGAACGCCUGGAUGGGAAGGAGAAGUGGAGCGUUGUGGAGUCCCCUCGAGAGCGUCGCAGCAUCCAGACAGUAGUUCUCAACGAGGCUGUGUUUGUGCAGUACCUGGACCCUGGCACCUGGCACCUGGCCUUCUACAAUGAUGGCAAAGACAAGGAAUCAGUCUCCUUUAGCACUGCUAUCCUAGACUCUGUGCAGGAGUGUCCCAGGAAUUGUCAUGGCAAUGGGGAAUGUGUUUCUGGGGUCUGUCACUGUUUCCCAGGAUUUCAUGGGACUGACUGCUCAAAAGGACGACAUCAUUUUUUAAAAUACAAAUACAACGCUGCCUGCCCUGUCUUAUGCAGUGGAAAUGGCCAGUAUGACAAAGGAGCCUGUAUUUGCUACAGUGGCUGGAAAGGGCCAGAAUGUGAUGUUCCCAUUAACCAGUGUAUUGAUCCCAAAUGUGGGGGUCAUGGCUCCUGUACAGAUGGCACCUGUGUCUGCUCCCUGGGAUAUAAAGGGGAGAACUGCGGAGAAGUGGAUUGCUUGGACCCCACUUGCUCAAACAAUGGCAUAUGUGUGAAUGGGGAGUGCCACUGCAAGCCUGGCUGGGGGGGUCUGAACUGUGAGCUCCAGCGGGCUCAGUGCCCAGACCAGUGCAAUGGCCACGGGGCCUUUAUCCCCGACACUGGCCUCUGCAGCUGUGACCCCAACUGGAUGGGACCUGACUGCUCUGUGGAGGUGUGCUCCGUUGACUGUGGCACCCAUGGUGUGUGCAUGAGUGGAGUAUGUCGCUGUGAAGAAGGUUGGACCGGGAUGGCAUGUGACCAGCGCGUUUGCAAUCCCCUCUGCGUGAAACAUGGCACCUGCAAAGAUGGAAAGUGUGAAUGUGAGCAGGGCUGGAAUGGAGAACACUGCACCAUCGGUAGGCAAACUCCAAGCAACAGAUCAGAUGGCUGCCCCAAUCUUUGCAAUGGCAAUGGGAAAUGUACCCUUGGUCAGAACAGCUGGCAUUGUGUCUGUCAGACAGGCUGGAGAGGCUCUGGAUGCAACGUUGCCAUGGAAACCUCUUGUGCUGAUAACAAGGAUAAUGAGGGAGAUGGUCUCAUUGAUUGCAUGGACCCAGACUGCUGUAUACAAAGCCCCUGCCAGUCCAACCCACUGUGCCGUGGGUCACGUGACCCUCUGCAGAUUAUCCAGCAGAGCCAGUCCCCUUCUCAGAAAGUGAGGUCAUUCUACGACAGGGUGAAGAUGCUAGUGGGCAGGGACAGUACUCACAUCAUCCCUGCAGACAACCCUUUUAAUGCAAGUCUCGCCUCUUUGAUCAGAGGGCAAGUGUUAACCACAGAUGGCACUCCACUGGUUGGUGUUAAUGUGUCCUUUGUGAAAUACCCUCAUUAUGGGUACACUUUAACUCGCCAGGAUGGAACGUUUGACUUGAUUGCCAAUGGUGGUGCAUCUCUGACACUCCACUUUGAGCGGGCACCCUUCAUGAGUCAGGACCGCACAGUGUGGCUGCCCUGGAACAGUUUCUAUGCCAUGGACACCCUGGUGAUGAAAACUGAGGAGAACACCAUCCCCAGCUGUGACCUGAGUGGCUUUAUCAGGCCUGAUCCUAUUGUCAUCGCCUCUCCCCUCUCCUCCUUCUUCAGCUCUCAGCCUGGACAGAAGCCUAUCAUUCCUGAGACUCAGGUCCUUCAUGAGCAGAUUGAAAUCCCUGGCACCAGCCUUAAUUUGUGCUAUCUGAGCUCCCGCACCACUGGGUACAAAUCUCUUCUAAAGAUCACCAUGACCCAGGCUGUGGUGCCUCUAAAUCUCAUUAAGGUCCAUCUGAUGGUGGCAGUUGAAGGUCACCUCUUUCAGAAGUGGUUCCACGCAUCCCCAAACUUGGCAUAUACUUUCAUCUGGGACAAGACUGAUGCCUACAGUCAGAGGGUCUAUGGACUUUCAGAAGCCGUCGUGUCUGUUGGCUUUGAAUAUGAGACAUGCCCCAGCCUGAUUCUGUGGGAGAAGAGGACAACCCUGCUCCAGGGCUAUGAACUGGACCCCACCAAUCUUGGAGGCUGGUCCCUGGAUAAACACCACACUCUCAAUGUGAAAAAUGGUAUCCUCCACAAAGGGAAUGGAGAGAACCUGUUCCUCUCCCAGCAGCCAGCAGUGAUUACCAGCGUCAUGGGAAAUGGGAGAAGGCGCAGCAUCACCUGUCCCAGCUGUAACGGUUUAGCUGACAGCAAUAAGCUCCUGGCACCUGUGGCACUCGCUGUGGGCAUUGAUGGAAGCCUCUAUGUCGGGGACCUCAACUUUGUCAGGAGGGUGUAUCCUUCCAUGAAUACCACCAGUAUCCUGGAGCUCAGAAACAAAGAUUUUAGACACAGUAACAACCCGACCCACAAGUACUUCAUGGCGGUAGACCCUGUCUCGGGAGCCUUGUACAUCUCAGACACCAACAGCCGCCGUAUUUACCGCAUCAAGUCCCUGACGGGCAGCAAGCAGCUGUCCGAGAACUCGGAGGUGGUAGCAGGGACAGGAGAGCAGUGCCUACCCUUCGACGAGGCCCGAUGUGGAGAUGGAGGCAAGGCGGUGGAGGCCACGCUCAUGAGCCCAAGAGGCAUUGCAGUGGACAAGAAUGGGUUAAUGUACUUUGUUGAUGCUACAAUGAUCCGGAAGGUAGACCAGAAUGGCAUCAUCUCCACCCUCCUGGGGUCCAAUGACUUGACUGCAGUUCGGCCUCUCAGCUGUGACUCCAGCAUGGAUGUGAGCCAGGUUCGCUUGGAGUGGCCCACAGACCUUGCUAUUAACCCCAUGGACAACUCCCUGUAUGUGUUGGAGAACAACAUCAUCUUACGCAUCACAGAAAAUCACCAGGUGAGCAUCAUUGCAGGGAGGCCAAUGCACUGCCAGGUCCCGGGCAUAGACUACUCCCAGAGUAAGCUGGCCAUCCACUCCGCCCUGGAAUCUGCCACCUCCAUCGCCAUCUCCCACACUGGCGUGCUGUACAUCACGGAGACGGACGAGAAGAAGAUCAACCGCGUGCGCCAGGUCACCACCAACGGGGAGAUCUCCUUGCUGGCGGGGGCGGCGUCGGAGUGCGACUGCAAGAAUGACGUCAACUGCAACUGCUUCACCGGCGACGACGGCUACGCCACCGACGCUACCCUCAACGCGCCCUCGUCCCUGGCCGUCUCGCCGGACGGCACGCUCUACAUCGCCGACCUCAGCAACAUCCGCAUCCGAGCCGUGCGGAGCAACCCCCCCGUCCUCAACUCCGCCGGUCACUACGAGGUGGCCUCCUCACGGGAGCAGGAGAUGUAUGUCUUCAACAGGGACGGCCUGCACCUCUACACUCUGAGCCUUGUCACGGGAGAGGCCCUGUACAACUUCUCCUAUGGCCCUGAUAACGAUCUCGGCACUGUGGUGGACAACUGCAACAACACGCUAAAAAUCCGCCGCGAAGCCGGCGGCCUGCUCCGUUUCCUACUGCUGCCUGAAAACCAGGUAGUGACUUUCACCGUGGGCACCAAUGGAGGUCUGAAGUCGAUGUCAGCCCUCAGCAUGGAGCAGGCUCUGAUGACCUACGCUGGCAACACAGGGCUGCUCGCCACCAAGUCAGAUGAAACUGGAUGGACAACCUUUUAUGAGUAUGAUAGUGAAGGGCGUUUGACCAAUGUGACCUACCCUACGGGCUUGGUGACUAGCCUGCAUCGGGAGAUGGAGAAAUCCAUCAACAUUGACAUUGAGAAUUCCAACCGGGAUGACGACGUCACUGUCAUCACAAAUCUCUCCUCAGUUGAGGCCUCCUACACUGUGGUUCAAGAUCAAGUAAGGAACAGUUACCAGCUGUGCAACAAUGGCACUCUGCGGGUCAUGCACGCUAAUGGAAUGGGCAUCAGCUUUCACACAGAGCCUCACAUCCUGGCUGGCACAGUGAGCCCCACCAUAGGACGCCGCAAUAUCACCCUCCCAAUGGAGAACGGUCUCAACUCCAUUGAAUGGCGACUGAGAAAGGAGCAAACUAAGGGCAAAGUCCUCGUAUUCGGGAGAAAACUCAGGGCACACGGACGAAAUCUGCUGUCUAUUGACUUCGACCGAAACACCCGUACGGAGAAGAUAUAUGAUGACCACCGGAAGUUCGACCUGAGGAUUAUAUAUGACCAGCAGGGCCGGCCCUCCAAGUGGCUGCCCAGCAGCAGUCUGGCCCCUGUCAAUGUGUCCUAUUCCCCCACUGGACAACUGGUGGGGCUGCAGCGAGGCAGCAUGAGUGAGAGGUCCGAGUAUGACACCCUGGGCCGCCUCUUGUCCCGAUCCUUCGUCGAUGGCAAGAUAUGGAGCUACAGCUACCUGGAGAAGUCCAUGGUACUCCUCUUACAGAGCCAGCGACAGUACGUCUUUGAGUUUGAUGCCUCAGGUCGCGUCACUGCUGUCACUAUGCCCAGUGUGGCCCGUCACACCAUGUCCACCCACACUUCGGUCGGCUACAUCCGCAACAUUUACAACCCCCCUGAGAGCAACGCCUCUGUCAUUUAUGACUUCAGUGAAGAUGGGAGGCUCCAGAACACCUUGUACCUAGGCACAGGACGCAAGGUGUUUUACAAAUACGGCAAGCUUUCGAAACUCUCAGAAGUGCUGUACGACAGUACCGCUGUCACCUUCGGCUAUGAUGAAAGCACUGGUGUCCUCAAAAUGGUAAAUCUCCAGAGUGGCGGGUUUUCCUGCACCAUCCGAUACAGGAAGAUCGGCCCUCUCAUUGACAAGCAGAUCUACAGAUUCUCCGAAGAAGGCAUGGUGAACGCUCGCUUUGACUACACCUACCACGACAACAGUUUUCGCAUCGCCAGCAUGAAGCCCGUCAUCAGUGAGACCCCUCUUCCUUUGGACAUGUACCGCUAUGAUGAGAUCUCUGGCAAAGUGGAGCACUUUGGCAAGUUUGGGGUAAUCUAUUAUGACAUCAACCAGAUCAUCACAACAGCUGUUAUGACCCUCAGCAAGCACUUUGACACCCAUGGGCGAAUCACAGAGGUCCAGUAUGAGAUAUUUCGGAUUUUAAUGUACUGGAUGACAGUGCAGUAUGACAGCAUGGGUAGAGUCAUCAAAAGAGAGCUAAAAAUUGGGCCCUAUGCCAACACCACACAGUACAAAUAUGAGUACGAUGGAGAUGGGCAGCUGAAUGGUGUGAAAGUCAAUGAGUGGUCUACCUGGCGCUAUAGUUAUGAUCUGAAUGGGAAUCUGCACCUUUUGAACCCUGGUAACAGUGCUCGCUUGUUGCCACUGCGCUAUGACCUGAGGGACCGUAUCACUCGUCUGGGGGAUAUGCAGUACAAGUUGGACGAAGAUGGUAUCCUCUGCCAGCGGGGUACAGACAUAUUUGAGUACAACUCUAAGGGUCUGCUUGUUCGGGCAUACAGCAAGACCAAUGGUUGGAGCGUCCAGUACCGCUACGAUGGACUGGGAAGGAGGGUGUCCAGUAAAACUAACCUUGGCCAGCACAUUCAAUUCUUUUAUGCUGAUCUCAACAACCCAGCCAGAGUGACCCAUGUCUACAACCACUCUAGCUCUGAAAUCACAUCACUAUACUAUGACUUGCAAGGACACUUGUUUGCCAUGGAGAUCAAUAAUGGAGAGGAGUACUACAUUGCCUCCGACAACACUGGGACACCCCUGGCUGUUUUCAGCAGCAAUGGACAGAUGGUAAAGCAGCUUCAAUAUACUGCCUAUGGAGAGAUCUACCAUGACUCCAACCCUGAAUUCCAAAUGGUGGUUGGUUUUCACGGAGGCCUUUAUGACCCUCUUACCAAGCUGGUCCACUUCAUGCAAAGAGACUACGAUGUGCUUGCAGGUCGUUGGACUUCUCCUGAUUACACAACGUGGCAGAAGAUUGGCAAGGAACCAGCACCCUUUAAUCUGUACAUGUUCAAAAACAACAACCCACUGAGCGAAACUUUGGAUUUGAAGAACUACGUCACAGAUGUGAAGAGUUGGUUGGUGAUGUUUGGGUUUCAGCUCAGUAAUAUUAUACCUGGCUUCCCAAGACAUACAAUAUACUUUGUGGAACCACCCUAUGAACUGCUGGCGAGCCAGGAAUGUGAAAAUGGACAGCUGAUAACUGGUGUACAGCAAGCAGCUGAAAGACACAACCAAGCUUUCAUGGCACUGGAGGGCAGGCUACUAAAUAAGGACCGGAGCAUAGGGAAGAAAAAUAAGCCUGGCCACUGGUUUGGCACCAAUAUUCCCAUUAUUGGGAAGGGCAUAAUGUUUGCCGUGAAAGAGGGUCGUGUGAUCACAGGCAUCACCAGCAUAGCCAGUGAGGACAGCCGGAAGAUUGCGGUGGUGCUCAACAAUGCCUACUACUUAGAAGGCGCUCACUAUACCAUUGAUGGGAGGGACUGCCACUACUUUGUGAAGAUCGGCUCCGCUGACAGUGACCUGGUCAUCCUGGGUAUAGCCAGCGGUCGCAAGGUGCUGGAGAACGGGGUCAACGUCACAGUGAGUGGGAGGACUCGCAGGUUCACCAAUAUCGAGUUUCGGCACGCCACCCUGUCUCUGAACAUCCGUUACGGCCUGAGUCUGGACACAGUGGAUGAGGAGAGAAACAGAGUCCUGGAUCAGGCUCGGCAGAGAGCUUUGAGUGCUGCUUGGGUGAAAGAGCAGCAGAAAGUGCGAGACGGAAAGGAAGGCAGUAGAUUAUGGACUGAUGGCGAGAAACAGCAACUGUUGAACACCGGGAGGGUGCAAGGAUAUGAUGGCUAUUAUGUCCUGCCAGUGGAGCAAUAUCCAGAGCUGGCAGAUAGUAGUAGCAAUAUCCAGUUUCUCCGACAAAAUGAAAUGGGUAAGAGGUAACAGAAUAACCUAGAAGGGCCUUACCAUGAACAUGGCCAGGAGCUGUCAGUAGUGACUUUUUAAUCUUGUCUCCUCUCCUAAGGAGAUUAAAUAAAUGGGGUACUAGACUAAGCACUAUAGGGUCUCGAUCGAGACUGACUUUGAAAAGAAAAUUGUAAACUUUACUGCCACAGGCAAAACUGACUGUCUUUGAAAAUCAGAUUUGAAAAGCACUCACAUGAGCUGAGAAAAAAAAACUGUUGCAUUAAGGUACCCCCUUUUUUUAAAAAAGAAAUUUUAACCCAGAUUUUUUGGGUUUCUGAAAUAAAGAAAUCAUAAGGUCAUGGAAUGUUCUUAAGUAUGAUGCAGUACAGAUCCAAGGAUGGCUACGUUUAUAGUGAAAUGGAGCUAAUGUCUUGAGCUAACCAUGAACUUGCCACUGAACUAAACAGAGAGCUGAACUGGCAAAGAGCCUGUAAGGUUCUUAAGCAACAAAAACAACAACAAAACAACAAAAGAAAUAAUCCGUCUCAGGCCCUUAUAUCAUAGGAAAGAAAUGUCAGUUGCUGAUAAAGUGAACUGAGUGGACAAUGAAAAAACUCUGAAUUGCUUUAAAACAAGAACAAACUAUGGCUAUAUUUGCGGUAAAUAAUGUCAUACAUUGUUUUAUUUAAAAAGAACCUACAUUGUGUCACAUAACACAUUCUUCAGGGUGUAAUUUAUUUAGAUGAAGUAGUUUUGUAAGUAUCAGUUGCAGUAGAAUUGUGGGCAAUGUAUCACACUGUUGAAAAUGGGCACCACUGUACACUAAGAUCAGGAAAACACUGUCACUCUUAAAACAAAAAAAAAGAAAUGUAACUGAAAAUUUAUUUAUUUUUAUUUUAUUAUUUAUUUAUUUUUUCCUAGUUCUCUAUGACAAUCAUGCAGGAGUCACCAGAUAUUAUUAAAAACAACAACUUUGGUGCAAGAGGCAUUUUUUUUCUUUUGUAAAAAUGUAAGAAUUGUUCAUUA